AUGCCCGAAUUGAAUAUCGGGAUUUGUGGUGCCGGCAUCGGUGGACUGGCGGCGGCCAUUGCCAUCAGGAAAGCAGGUGCAAAGGUGACCGUCCUAGAAGCCGCUCCUGAGCUCGGCGAGAUCGGGGCUGGCAUCCAGAUGACGCCUAACGUGGCGAGACUACUCAUGAAAUGGGGCGUGGACAAAGUAAUUGGCGACGAUCUCGUGGAAUUCGAGGAGCUGAACAUGAGGAGGAAGGAUGGCACCAUGAUUGGGUAUACGAAGACAAUGCCUAAUGUUCGCAACUAUUUGAACGGUAUACCUUGGUGGCUAGUCCAUCGAAUGCAUCUCCACGCCGGCCUGGCAGAAGUAGCUCGUCGGGAGGGCGCCGACCUCGUUAUCGACGCUCGAGUGGAGAAAAUCGACUGGACCUCGUCUCCUUCUAACAAAGUCACCGUCACCACGGCGAAAGGCCAAUCGCGGACGUUUGACCUGCUCAUCGGCGCAGAUGGAGUACGGUCCACGGUCCGCAAAACCAUCAUGCCUCACGUCAAACCGGCGCCCCCGACAGGGAACUGUGCAUACCGAGCACUGGUCCCCUAUGACGAGAUCCGACGCGAUCCUGUCGCCAAGGAACUCGUCGAGAAACUCACCAUGGAGGUCUGGAUGGCCGAGAAGUCGUACAUUAUCUCCUACCCCAUCUCGGGCGGCAAGCUGUUCAACAUGGUUCUGAGUCAUCACGUGGACCACCUCGUGGAUGAUGUCCAGGAUAUUGACAUGGAGAAGGACUUUCGACAAACUUACAAGGACUACGAUCCGAGGAUCAAGAGGAUUGUCGACAUGGUGACAUCGGCCAGGCGGUGGCCACUGUUGGUCACAGGACCGUUGGAGAGCUGGUCGAGUAAAGAGAAGAAUAUCGUUCUGAUGGGGGAUGCGGCACACUCCAUGACCAACCACAUGGCGCAGGGUGCCGCGACUUCAAUGGAGGACGGCGCCUUUCUAGCUCGGACACUGGCGAAAGUUGUGGAGGACAAAAUCACCAUCCCGCAAGCAAUCGAGAUCUACGAGAAGACGCGAAUGCCAUUCGUGUACUACAAGCAGCAAGUGUCGUUUAUCAACGGAGCCAUUUGGCAAGUACCAGAUGGGCCCAUUCAAGAGGCACGAGACAAAGCGAUGGCACCCGAAUUGAAGGGCGAGCAAUUCAUGCGCUCGCCGAACCUUUACGGAGAUCCCGUGACAACAUUGAGCGUGUACAAUUACGACGCAGAGGAAGACGCGGAAACCGCCAUUCGUGCGUAUCUCCAGAAACGCGAGCCGUACGAUGUCAAGACGGGCGUGACCGAUCGUGAGCUGGAGCGGUUCGUUGGGUGGUGGUGGCCCAAGCACAAAGUCCCACUGAGCGCCUCAAAACUGUGA